GAGAGUGUCAGCCGGCUGAGCAGAGCAUGGUGGCAGAGCAGAGCAGCAGGACAGGGUGUUGCUGCUGGGCCUUGGCCAGGACACUCAGAGGAGCCAAACACCUCGGAUUACACGUCCGACUUGUCAAAGUGUAGAUAUGUUUGACAACUCUCACUACCCCUUCAACUGCUUCAACUACGAUGGUGAUGGAUACCCUUCCUCCAGCACGGACGAAGAGAAGAAAAUGUGCAGACCGGCGUACAGCUACAUCGCUCUGAUAGCCAUGGCUAUCCAGCAGAGCCCCGACCAGCGGGUCACUCUGUCCGGCAUCUAUGAGUUCAUCAUGAGGAGAUUCCCCUACUACCGAUCCAACCAGAGAGCCUGGCAGAACUCCAUCAGACACAACCUGUCUCUCAACAGCUGCUUCAUCAAGGUUCCUCGGACUGAGGGCAAUGAGAAGGGAAAGGGAAACUUCUGGACUUUUGCCACUGGCUGUGAAUCCAUGCUUGAUUUGUUUGAAAACGGCAACUUUCGCCGUCGCAGACGCCGGAGAAACAUGAAAAUUGGCCUCCGUGACUCAGGAGAAACCCCUUUCAACUCUUUGGAGAGCCACAGCAACCAGCACGCGCCCUCAGCUCGACGUCCUGAACCCGAAUCCACCCUCUGCCCUUUAAACCCCGAGAGACCAAGACCCCAACAUAACCACCUUAUCCCUAACCCCACCCAGCAAGGCAAACCAGAGUCAGAGAUCAAGUUCAGCAUUGACUACAUCCUAUCCACUCCAGAUCCACCCCUGUCUGGGCUCAGAUCCUCCCAUGGCCCCAUGCAUAUAGGGCCCCCAGGGCCGCCGAUACACGUUCUGGAGCCACAGCACCUGAACCUGCACUUCUGGACUCUGUAGGAGGAGAGGGAAGCAGACAUUAAAUUUAUUCUUUCAUCACGGUCUGUGUCUAAAAGUGGGAAGUACAAGGACAUCUGAGGACAAGAAUUCCAAGAGGAAUUUUACUUGAAAAUGUAAAUGCGGAAACAAAAUAAGGAGGUACAGUAUUGUGUGGUGGAAUCUAAACGAAAAGUCUAAGAAUACAUGUGGGAAUUCAUCCGAGAGAUAAACUUUGAACAAAACGCAAAACUUCAGCAAAGGAUAUUAUCAUUAUACUGUCUGUGGUGUCUAGUGCUGACAUAGACUAGGUUUAUAGAUUUUUGUCUGUCUGUAUAUACACAGAAACUGUGAGCACAACUAUGUGUGUAAAACUGUUUUAAAAGAGAUCAGACAAAGGAAGUUAUUGGAUUAUGUUCAGAUCAAAAGUUGAUAUAAAGGGAGAAAAACUCAAAAUUGUAUGGCUUGUUCUUUGAAGCUUUUCCCUUUUUUUACACCCUUUAAUGUGGCUUACACAAUUUGUUUUUCUCUAUUUACACCCCAGCUCAAUCUGA